AUGGCUAAUUUAAUGACUCUUUGAGAGAGGCGUUCCUUUCCGGCGCAAUAUUUUGUGAUGCUGAUUGUAUGAGCUCUCGGGGAGGAAUCAAAUCAGGUAGCACAAUGUUACAUGUUGUACGAUUACAACAAUUUCUUUAUUUGUAUUUCGGCGGCCUGCUAUUGUUUUUAGCAGGGCUCCAUCACGUAGAAGCGGCCACCACCGAAAUGACCAACCUGAACUGGAAACCGUUCAUCUACGGAGGGAUGGCCUCUAUUGUCGCAGAAUUCGGUACAUUCCCCAUAGAUCUGACUAAGACGCGGCUGCAGGUGCAGGGCCAGUCUCAGUACAUGGAGGUGCGCUACCGGGGCAUGUUCCACGCCCUUUUCAAGAUCGGCAAGGAGGAGGGCAUCAAGGCACUGUACUCUGGCAUCUCCCCAGCUCUCCUGAGGCAAGCCUCCUACGGGACCAUCAAGAUUGGGACAUACAACACACUGAAGAGGUUAUUUGUGACCCAUCCGGAAGAUGAGACCAUGGUGAUCAAUGUGUUCUGUGGAGUGGUGUCUGGAGUCUUGUCCUCCUCUCUGGCCAACCCCACUGAUGUCGUCAAGAUCCGCAUGCAGGCCCAGGGCAGUCUGUUACAAGGCAGCAUGAUGUCCAACUUCAUUAGCAUCUACCAGACGGAGGGAACCCGUGGCCUGUGGAGGGGCGUCAUCCCUACAGCUCAGCGGGCAGCCAUCGUAGUGGGAGUGGAGCUUCCUGUCUAUGACAUCACUAAGAAGCACCUCAUCAAGUCUGGCACCAUGGGAGACACCAUACUCACACACUUUAUUUCCAGUUUUAUGUGUGGCCUGGCGGGGGCGCUAGCCUCCAACCCAGUGGACGUAGUGCGGACACGUAUGAUGAACCAGCGAGUGCUGUCAGGGAACCCCAUGUAUAAAGGCACGCUGGACGGAGUAAUGCAGACAUGGAAGAACGAGGGAUUCUUUGCCCUGUACAAGGGCUUCUGGCCCAACUGGCUGCGGCUGGGGCCAUGGAACAUCAUUUUCUUCAUCACAUUCGAGCAGCUGAAGAAACUCAACUUGUAGUUGGACAGGAAGUGGACACCCCGUCGGACUAGAUGCAGGGAUAGGCAACUCCAGUCCUCGGGGGCCGGAGUGUUCUCCCACUUUUUCCCCAUCCCUAGCAAACACAACUGAUUAAGGCCAGGCACCAUACCCUAUUGGGGAUUGUUUUUUAUUUUAUCUUAAUCAUAUAACAAUCUACUUUUCCUAGUUGAAUGUAGACGAAGUUUUGUAUAAAUGUUUGAAAUAUUAAGAUAUGCAAAUUAGGUAAUACGUAUACAUAUUUGCAUACCAUACAAAUUAAAUUUUUAUAGAUGCUGGAUGAAUUCUGCCUAAAUGUUUGUUUCAGUUAAAGCACUCCAGGACCUGACUUGUCCAGAGCAGAUUCUGGAUAAACUUUUUAUCUUUAAAAGUCUUGUAUAUAAAAACAAAAUCAUUUUUUUGUGCAAUUUUCCAAAUGUUAUCUAGAAUUUUAAAAAGUUACAUCAACAAUUCCCCCUGGGCAACUCUGGAGAAUAUAUCUAAGGAUAACUACACACAAUUCGAAUGCAGAGGCUUCUGAAGCUGAGAAAAAUAAGUUGGUGGUGGGAAGAGUUAGAUUUUUUGGAAAUGGCAGGUAAAGACAAGUACACUGAAUUAAGAAUACCAAAAGCCUAUUCACACCAAAUCACCAUCUCUUCAAAGUAAGUUAUUAAAUGUAGUCCAGUUUGUAACAUUCUAUGAAAUGAGCUUCGAAAUUGUGUAAUUCAGUGAACUUUAAAAUGAUUGAUGUAUGUCCAAUUUUAAAGUGGUUAAAAUUCAUAUUGUUGAUGACGGUAGUAUGAUCAACUAAAGAAAAUAUACAUUUAUCAAGUUUGACAUUUUUAAGUUUACUUCUUGAAAAUACUAAAAUUAAUUAACCAAAAUGCCAACAAACCUCAAAAUUGAUAGGUAGAUGCAAAAAUGCCACUUCGGCCUGUGGUGCCUGGCCUUAAACUGAAGAUCAUGAUUAGUUGAUUAUUGGAGUCCGGUGUGUUAGCUUGGGCUAAAGUGUGACAACAAUCAGGCCCCGAGGACUGGAGUUGCCCAUUACUGGUCUAUAGUGUGUUGGAGAGCGGGAAACCCCACAACACCCCAGCCCAUGUGUCAAACUCAUUCCACGGAGGUCCGAGUGUCCAGGUUUUCACUCCUCCCUUGUACUUGAUUGAUGAAUUAAGGUCACUAAUUAGUAAAGAACUCCUCUCACCUUGUUGUCAAGGUCUUAAUUGAAAGGAAAAAAACAAAAACCACUAGGCCAGGGUUAUUCAACUCUUAAUCUACGAGCAUGCUGGUUUUCUGUUCUACCUGAUAAUUAAUUGCACACACCUGGUAUCUCAGGUCUAAAUCAGUCCCUGAUUAGAGGGGAACUAUGAAAAAUGCAGUGGAACUGGCUUUGAGGUUGAGACUUGAGUUUGAAAACACUAGGCCCUGCAUGGAAUGAGUUUGACGCCUCAGCCCUUCGUCCUUGUUACAUUCACAAUCCCUCUCUCUGUCACACAAUCUAUAUGUCUGUGCAUGCUCAUCUAAGUGUUAUUUUAGUUUUAUUUGAACUUUUAAUAAUAUUUAUAGUAUAAAAAAAAAUCAGUUAAAGUUAUUAAUUGUAUUAUGUUUUUUAAAACACUUCUUCAUACCCCUCAACCACCCUUGAGGCCUCUCCUGGCAGCUAAACCUUAGGUUGUAGCUGAGGACGGAAGCCUGUUUGGGCCAUAAGGUAUUAGCUAGGUAGGUUGCCUGCCAGCUCGCUACCUUCUUAGUGAGGAGGAGGACUAUCCUGGGUGGAACGGGAACUGGAGAUCUACUUGAGCUUAUUUAGAGAGAUGUGGAAUGGGCCUCUGUUUGUGUCUGACCUAGUUUUUAACCGCAUCUCUGCACUUCAUGGGACAUGCAGGAAAAAGACAAAGGUUUUAUGUAAUUUCAGCCAGAAAGUAGCGCUCACGAGCCAAAACUGGUUCUGCAAAUUGUGCACAGUUGUGUACGUCAACUAUUUUGUAUAUGUUCCUUCCUGAAAUUAAAAAAAAAAAAGUUGUCCUGCAAUUCGUAUGAUAUGUUACGUAUUCCAAUUCGUACAAUAUGUUACAAAUGUAAAGAUCUGGUUCAAUCUCUUUAAAUGUUUAGAAUUGUUGUUUUGCCUGUCUGAUCUGACGUUUGAAUAAUCUAUUCACUGUUUUGGGCAGCGCUAGCUAGCAGAGGAUGCAUGAUGGGUUAACCGGGUUUUUAUUGUCAAAUCAUUUAUUCUCAAUGACUUACCUUUUUUAAGAAAAGGUUACAAUAGAUUCUGUUUUGUCUUUUAGAGGAACUCAGGACAAAGCUGAGACUCUUAUCUGUAUGGCCAAUAAGAUGGGAUUGGGGACUCUUUUGUCAUUACUUGAAUGCAGUCUGUUGUUGAACCAAAGCCACCAGUUGUUCCCCGAAGAGUGACUGCUUUCUGUGUAUUUCACUACAAAAACCCCCGAAUACCCGAUAAGUUGUUGGCGCACGCACAAAUUCUACUGUAAAAAAACAUGUCACUUUUCGUCAGAAGGUAGUAUAACUAUUGAAAGGUUUUAGAUUAUCUUAUUUUCCUUUGCCCUCUCCAAGUCCCCUGACCUCUGUGUGAAACAGAGAUAUGUUUUUUUCUUGUCAGGAACAAGCAUGGCAGUGGAGGCAAUUAGGACAUUUCUUGGACCUGCCUGGUUGUCAUGGUGAUUCCCAUAAGUACAUUAUGUACAUGUAUGUACAGAGAGACACAUGUGAAGGUGGAUACACCAUAUUGUGACAGGCAUGUCUAGCUUGUACAUAAAGCUACUUCAGAGUACUUGCUUUUUGUUUCUAUUUUGAGGUUUGCGUAAAGCCCUGAAUAGAAAUGGCCUGUAGUACUAGGAUAUGGGGGCCGUAGUGCCAAAGUGUGCAUGUACUGCACCGCUGUUGUAAAGCGCUGUCCCUGAAUAGGUCAGUGUUGGCUAGGUACCAGGAGAACUGCACUGUUACAUACUUACUCAAGCCUUACACUUUACUUUCAUAAUCAUGUUUCUAAUUUCUAUGAUGCCUCUUUCUGUGCCUCUGCCUCAUGUCCCAUGGUCAUGUUGAGUUCUGUUUUUAUUAGAAUGACAAGUUUUGUUGUAGCAUUUCCAGAUCAUGUAUAUGGAUAUUAGGUGUGAGAGAUGUGGGUGUUAUGUACUGUGUAAUUAAUUGAAACCAACGUCCUGUUUUCUUUAGGUUUGAUUUUUACAGAUCAUGCUUACGGGCGGCAGAUGGCCUAGCGGUUAGAGUGUUCGGUCAGUGACCGAAAGGUUGCUAGUUCAAAGCCCUGAGCCAACAAGUUGAAAAAUGUGUCUGUGCCCUUGAGCAAGGAACUUAGCCCUAAUUGGUCCAUGUUCGCCGUUGAUAAUGGCAGACCCUGGCCGUGACUCCACUCUCCAAGGGUGUCUGAGUUGGGAGAUGGAAAAAAAAUUAUAAUAAUAAAUCACAAAUGCGUAUGAAUAGAGACUUGUACAUGUGUGAAAUAGGACAAUUAUAAGCAUUCAUUUGUUGUUUCAGCAGUCAUGUUUUAAUAAGCCGUCCUUUCAGCUUUUACAGCUUUACCAUGAUGAUGUGUCUUUACCAUGAUGUAAUACUUUUUUUACAGAGUAUUGUGUGGGAUUUUUUCCUUUUAAACACAUCCAUUGUUUGUGUGGUAGAGACUAUUAUAUUGGCUAAUAUAUUUAGUCAGAUUUAUUGAAAAAUAUGAAUGAAUAACUUUUAUUUUUAUUGGAUCGAAUUUCUUUCCAAAGCUUUAUCUAUUUUUUAAAUAAUCUCAUGUUUUCCUAUAUGAACUUAACAAAGAACACUUUCUUGAAGUCUUGAACCUUUUCCCCCUUUACUCAAAAAUGCAGUGUUAUGUAUUUUUAUCUAAUUGCUGUUCUUUUAUAAUGAUUAUUGGACAAUUAUUGCAUUUAUACAACCCAUAUAGUUGGCUCCAGCUGCAUUCUGGUAACCACAAAUUGAUUAUUACCAUGAUAUAGAUCAAUACAUACUUAGGUGAUCAGUACAUUUUCAGUUCAUUCACUUCAGGGAGUGAUUUGAAUUUCCAAUUUAAGAAUAGAAAAAACCUUAAUUGAAAAUGGAUUCAUCAUUGUAUUGGAAUUUCAGAAUUGACCAACCCUGAAUGCUUUCUCUUCAUAAUCCUGUCUUUCUUUUUAUAUCAUGAAAAUGACAGUACAAUGUUGUCAUUCGGCUGUUACCAUUUGACUCCUUAGACUUGCCUUACUGUAUUGUUAUACAGUUCCUUCAGAAAGUAUUCAUACCCUUUGACUUAUUCCACAAUUUGUUGUUACAGCCUGAACUCAAAAUUUAUUUUCUCACCCAUCUACACCCAAUACCCCAGAAUGACAGUGAAAACACAUUUUUAGACAUUUUUGCAAAUGUAUUAAAAAUUAAAUACAAAAAUAUCUAAUUUACAUACAGUGCCAGUCAAGAGUUUGGACACACCUACUUAUUCCAUGGUUUUUCUUUAUUUUUACUAUUUUCUACACUAGAAAAAUAGUGAAGACAUCAAAACUAUGAAAUAACACAUAUGGAAUCAUGUAGGAGGGGGAAAAAGUAUUAAACAAAUCAAAAUAUAUUUUAUAUUUGAGAUUAUUCAUAGUAGCCACCUUUAGUGUGCGCAAAGCUGUCAUCAAGGCUAAGUAUUCACACCCCUGAGUCAAUACAUGUUAGAAUCACCUUUGGCAGUGAUUUACAGCUGUACAUCCUUCUGGGUAAGUCUCUAAGAGCUUUGCACACCUGGAUUGUACAAUAUUUGCACAUUAUUAUUUAAACAAUUCUUCAAGCUCUGUCAAGUUGAUUGAUCAUUGUUAGACAGCGAUUUUCAAGUCUUGCCAUAGAUUUUCAAGCCCAUUAAGUCAAAACUGUAACUAGGUCACUCAGGAACAUUCAAUGUCGUAUUGAUAAGCAACUCCAGUGUAUACUUGGCCUUGUAUUUUAGGUUAUUGUCCUGCUGAAAGGUGAAUUGGUCUCUGAGUGUCUGUUGGAAAGCAGACUGAACCAGGUUUUCCUCUAGAAUUUUGUCUGUGCUUAGUUCCAUUCCGUUCCUUUUUAUCCCCCCAAAAAACUCCCUAGUCCUUCCUGAUGACAAGCAUACCCCUAACAUGACCACCAUGCUUGAAAAUAUGAAGAGUGGUACUCAGUGAUGUUGCAUUGGAUUUGUCCCAAACAUAACGCUUUGUAUUCAGGACAUAAAGUACAUUUCUUCACCACAUUUUUAACUUGUACAUUUGUGCCUUAUUGCAAACAGGAUGCAUGUUUUUUAAUAUUGUCUUAUUCUGUACAGGUGUCCUUCUUUUCACUCUGUCAUUUAAGUUAGUUUUGUGAAGUAACACCAAUGUUGUUGAUCCAUCCUCAGUUUUCUCCUAUCACCUCAUGGUGAAAUCCCUGAGCGGUUUCCUUCCUUUCCGGCAACUGAGUUAGGAAGGAUACAUGCAUCUUUGUAGUCACUGGGUGUAUUGAUACACCAUCCAAAGUGUAAUUAAUAACUUCACUGUGCUCAAAGGGAUAUUCAAUGUCUGAUUAUUUAUUUUACCUAUCUACCAAUAGGUGCCGCCCUUUGCGAGGCAUUGGACCUCCCUGGUCUUUGUGGUUGAAUCUGUGUUGUAUAUGUGGGGUACAGAGAUGAGGCAGUCAUUCAAAAAUCAUGUUAAACACAAUUAUUGCACACAGUGAGUCCAUGUAACUUAUUAUGUGACUUGUUAAGCACAUUUCUCCUGAACUUAUUUAGGCUUGCCAUAACAAAGGGGUUGAAUACUUAUUGACUCAAGACAUUUCAGCUUUUAAUUUUUAAUUAAUAAAAAAAAAAGUCAACCAUGAGUCCCCUUUGAUAUUGUGUGUAGGCCAGUGACACAAAAUCUACAUUUUAAUCUAUUUUCAAUUCCGGCUGUAACACAACAAAAUAUGGAAGAAGUCAAGUGGUAUGAAUGCUUUUUGAAGGCAUUGUAUAUUUUGACGACAGUAAAUCGUAUUUAUUUCUGUUUUCAUGGUUGUAUUCUCUACUGCUGUAUGACUCAGAUGGCUGGGACACUGUUUGGUCUCUGUCAAAUCUUUUAGCCUGUCAUAUUACCUGGUCAUGUGCACUUUGGUCAAAUGUCUGUCGAUAAAACUGUAUUUGCAAUCAUAUUUAUAAUAAUUUUGCUUGUUUAGUCAAUUGAUUGUAUGGUUGUUUAAUUACGUGUAAACUAUUUUCAGUUACAGAUUGGAUUUGGUUUUGUAUAAAAAAACAAGUAUGUAUACUUCCGAAAUAAAAUAUAUCCACUGAUGGUUUUGAUACAUCCAUCAGUGAUCUAUUUAAGCAAUAAGGCCCGAGGGGGUGUGGUAUAUGGUCAAUAUACCAUGGCCAAGAGCUGUUCUUAUGUACAGCGGAGUGCCUGGACACAGCCCUUAGCCGUGGUAUAUUGGCCAUAUAUCACAAACCCCCGAGGCCUUAUUGCUAUUAUAAACUGGUUACCAACGUAAUUAGAUCAGUAAAAAUAAAUGUUUUGUCAUACCCGUGUUA